AGUAUAAUUCAGCACAUACACAUACCUUGAUACAAGUGCAAUCAGCCACCUUUACACAACUCACUUUUUCAUUCUCCAAAAUGCAGAAGCCAGAGACCCAGAGAAACCAGCCACCACCAGGAUACCCAACUGGCCAGGAUCCCCUCACAAAAAGAAAGCUGUUCUUUAGUUCUAAGAAGAAAGGAGAGAGGGGCUUCAUUGAGGGAUGCCUCUUUGCUCUGUGCUGCUGCUGGCUUUGCGAAGAAUGCUGCUAAACUACAACUAUCGCAUGCAGGAGAGGGAUUCAUAUUAGCAUAUUAGCAAUUACUUUACUGCUGCUUUCCAUAUUAAUGGCUUUGACCAGGAGUGAACUGUAUUACUUACUGAAUCUGACUAUAUUUUUAAUUAAUAUAAUUUUGUUGUUGU